UGGAAACAAAGAGAGAUCAUCACCUGGAUUUUCCUGAAAGGAGGCAGUACUAGGAAACUUGGACACCAGUGCAGCUCCAGCUAGAAAAUUUCUGCAGGCGUUGUGUGAGUGAGUGCGUGUUACAGACGUCAGAAAUAACAACAGAAGUGUUGUAGCUCUAUACACUAGAUGGCGCUAUGGGGUAACAUCCCUGCUUGCCCGGGAGUUACUUGAGUUACCUAAGAAGGGCGCAUCCUUCUUAUUUAGUUUGGGUAGCAGCCACCCAUCACAUGGAAACCUGACCAUUGAUGUUUUCAAUUAUCCCAGCAUACUUCAGCAUAUUGUUUACUUCACGCUCCUCUGAGAGCGGAGUUUUCUGCAUUAAGUCUCUUUGCUUUAGAUUAACUUGGGUAUACUCAGAGUCAGCUUUUAUAAUUAUGAAGAUGGAAUUCAUUGUGGACUGUAGAGAUCUGCAGUAGUCCUGUGACGCUCGAUCCUUAAUUUGCAGUAUCCUUAUCAGUCUGUGUUAGUUUUCUUCCCCAUUCCCACAUGGGACUUCUGUACUUUCGUAGGCUACAUUUUUAAGUGCAGUACGUUAGAAGUUGGCUCGCUUGUUUGCUGGUGUGUUUAAUAAAAUCAUGUUUUGCAGCAUCACAGUGGAUCAUGUUUAAACCCUUGCAGAAUAAAAACAGGAUCCUUGUUGUAGGGGCUGAAUGCAGCUGGAGCCCUCUGCUAUAAACACGCGGACUUCAAUAACUUGAGGUGAUUAAAAGGCUCUGUCAUUAUUCUUUCACUCGUUAAGACGGCCUCUCGGAUUUCAAGUGUCUCCUUUUACACUCCCGAGCCGCCACAUUCAUCAUGGGACCGGGUGGAAGUUUUACUGCGGCCGCUAGAGGUGGAUGCAAAAACAAAAGUUCAGUGUGGGAUGGACUCAGAGGGCAACUAGCCCCAAUACACCCUCAAGAAGGGGGGGAGAAAGUAAAAUGCGAGCCUGGGCAGAAGUCGAGAGCUCCCCUGUGUUCAUUUCCGACACAGUUGAAAACAUUUCAUCCACUGGAAACUCCGGGUUAUCCCUCGACGUUAGGGGCGUACCUACGUGUUUCUGCAUCACAGAGGAGUAAGGUGAGGGACGGGGUCAGAUCUCCAUAAAUACUUGGUGAGUGCAGACACUUUGGAUGGACCCUGGAGGAGUAAAUACUGCUGGAGGAACCUCGCGCACAGGAGACGAGCGACGACUUUUCUGCAAGCUGAUAGCUCAUUUGUAGAAGGUCUGGCUGGUUUAAAAAAAGCCUCCGCAGUUACCACCGUGAAAGUUGUGGUGGUCGACCUGCCUAAUAUGGAAAGUCUAUGAUUCCGUAUUGGCAGAGAUAAAAUAAUUUUAUUUUUCUAACAGACUGCGAUGUAGUUCAACUUCACACCCCAGGGUGAACCAUUUGUCACGAUGACAGCGCUUACACCUUUGAACCGUGCUGUACUUGGACUCGCGUGGAGCUGCUUGAGUUUUCUAUCCUGCGCUCAUUGUGGGUUAAGUGACAACCAUGUGCACUCCAGUUUUAUUUACAGGAGGUUGCGCAAUCACGAACGCAGAGAGAUCCAGAGAGAGAUCCUCUCCAUCCUGGGCUUGCCUCACCGCCCGAGGCCCUUCUCUCCCGGGAAGCAGGCGUCCUCGGCGCCGCUGUUCAUGCUCGACCUGUACAACGCCAUGGCCGUGGAGGAAGAGGAGGAGGAGGGGGUGCAGCAGGGCGCAGGGAAGAGCUUCAGUGCCAAAGCUCAAGGGCAGUCCAGGAAAGGUUACUACAGCCCCCAGCACGCCGGGUACUCCCGUGUCGCACAGCCUUACCGCGCGGCCCCUCUGUUAGGCCACAGCCCCGCGCUCACCUCAGCGCACGACACCUCCUUUCUCAACGAUGCCGACAUGGUUAUGAGUUUUGUCAAUUUAGUUGAGAAAGAUAAAGAUUUUUCUCACCAGCGAAGACACUACAAGGAGUUCCGGUUUGAUCUGACUCAGAUACCAGACGGAGAGGCUGUGACUGCUGCAGAGUUUCGCAUCUACAAGGACCGCAGUCAUUCCCGCUAUGACAAUAUCACUCUGAAGGUUUCCAUAUAUCAAGUCAUCAAGGAAUAUCAAAACAAAGAUGCAGAGACAUUCUUGCUUGAUUCCAAAAAGGUCCAGGCCUCAAAUGGGGGCUGGCUAGUGUUUGACAUCACAGCCACGAGUAACCACUGGGUGAUGAACCCACAGCAGAACCUAGGCCUGCAGCUCUGUGUGGAAACUGUAGAUGGACGAAGUAUCAACAUAAAAUCUGCUGGAAUCAUUGGGAGGAACGGGCCUCAGUCCAAACAGCCGUUCCUGGUUGCUUUCUUCAAGGCCAGCGGGGUGUUGCUUCGCUCUGUCAGGGCUGCUGGUGGGAAGAAAAAGAACCACAAUCGCAAUAAAUCUACAAGUCAACAAGAAUCAUCCAGGGCACCAAAAACUGGAGAUUACAACACAAGUGAACAGAAGCAAGCCUGCAAGAAGCAUGAACUUUAUGUCAGUUUUCGAGAUUUGGGUUGGCAGGACUGGAUCAUUGCACCUGAGGGCUAUGCUGCUUUUUACUGCGAUGGAGAAUGCUCUUUUCCACUCAAUGCACACAUGAAUGCAACAAAUCACGCAAUUGUGCAAACCCUGGUCCAUUUAAUGUUUCCUGACAAUGUGCCAAAGCCGUGCUGUGCCCCAACCAAGCUCAACGCAAUAUCAGUACUUUACUUCGACGACAGCUCAAAUGUUAUCCUCAAGAAAUAUAGAAACAUGGUAGUUCGGUCUUGUGGUUGCCAUUAGUGGCAAAGGUUAGCUUUAAUUUAUGCUAUCUGGUAUGGAAAACGUGUAUGCUGCAGGUGUUAUGUGAUGUACAGUAUUAUGUAUAUAAAGUUUUACUACCUAAUUUAUUUUCUUUUUUUUAAAUAGCACUGAAUAUUGUGAUAUUUAAAUGAUUAGGACAAAAUGUUGAUUUUACUUUACAUCAGUUAUCAUUUAAUUUCUGUGUCCAUUGGCAUAUACUCUCUCUUAGUUUUGUCUGUAUGAUAACUUUUUUUAAGUUAACUGUUCACUGGAGUCAUCAUGAUACAUAAGAUCUCUUCCCCUUCUGCUUGUUUAUCCCCUUUUACAGUAUAUGUUAGCUAUAAAUGCUCACUGAGCUGUAGAAUUAUACUUCAGCAUCAACCUCUCUCUUUCUCUCUCUCUCUCUCUCUCUCUCUUUAGUGUGUCUCUCUGUAGUCUGUCUCUUUUUAGUACUAAUUUUGGCAUUUGGUUUUUUGUUUGUUUGUUUGUUUUUUAAUGGACUAAUAAAUGACUGACAAACACAGGUGAUGCUAUUAGCACUGACAUCACAACUUGAACAAGCUGUUGGAAAUUUUGUAAAUCAAAUUGGGUCCCGGGGAAAAAAAGAAAAAAAUAGAGAGUGUUUUCUAAUCUAAACCAAACUGCCGAAAGCUAUUUUCAAACUGUCACCAUCUUUCAGCACUGAUACUGUUUCACCUUUUACGUGCCAGUUUUUUUUUCCUUACUUUCUUUUUAUAAAUAAGAGAAUGUGUCCUCAGAAAGGGAUUAUGUCAGCCUGGAAUGAAAACUCUUCCAUAAACACCGAUUUCCCCUUCCUCUGUGGUCUUUGUCAUAGUUGCAAAUGUCUUCGCUCCGCACUAAUUCUAGCUCAUGUUUGGGGAACGUAUAUCUUCAUGUAGAGUGUUGUGUAUUUUAAUAAAUGUACCACUUGAAAAAAUCUUUUGCCUUUACUUGA